GCCGGGGUGGCGGAGGCACGGUUUCCUGGAGUUCGGGAUCCGGGCUGCGGCCGUCCUGCUUCCCUUCCCGCGGGGGUCUGGGACAUGGCCAGAAAGGCUCUCAAGCUUGCUUCCUGGACCAGUGUGGCUCUUGCUGCCUCUGGUGUCUACCUCUACGGGAACAACUACUUGGACCCUAAUGACUUUGGCGCCGUUAGGGUGGGCCGAGCUGUUGCUACGACAGCUGUCAUCAGCUAUGAUUAUCUCACCUCCCUGAGGAGUGUCCCAUAUGGCUCAGAGGAGUAUUUGCAGCGUCGAUCCCAGGUGCACCUCCGCUCUGCCAGACGUCUCUGCGAGCUCUGCUGUGCCAACCGGGGCACCUUCAUCAAGGUGGGCCAGCACCUGGGGGCCCUGGACUACUUGCUGCCGGAGGAGUACACCAGCACGCUGAAGGUGUUGCACAGCCAGGCUCCACAGAGCAGCAUGCAAGAAGUCCAGCAGGUCAUCCGAGAAGACCUGGGCAAGGAGAUCCCUGAUUUGUUCCUGAGCUUCGAUGACACCCCUCUGGGGGCAGCCUCCCUGGCCCAGGUCCAUAAGGCGGUGCUGCAUGAUGGUCGGACAGUGGCUGUGAAGGUCCAGCACCCGAAGGUUCAGGCUCAAAGCUCCAAGGACAUUCUCCUGAUGGAGGUGCUCGUCCUGGCCGUGAAGCAACUCUUCCCAAAUUUCGAAUUCAUGUGGCUGGUGGAUGAAGCCAAGAAGAACCUGCCUCUCGAGUUGGACUUCCUAAAUGAGGGAAAGAAUGCCGAGAAAGUGGCCCACAUGCUCAAGCACUUUGACUUCCUAAAGGUCCCCCAGAUCUACUGGGAGCUGUCCACCAAGAGGGUGCUCCUGAUGGAAUUCGUGGAGGGAGGGCAGGUCAACGACAGGGCCUACAUGGAGAAGAACCAGAUAGACGUGAAUGAGAUCUCCUGCCACCUGGGCAAGCUGUACAGUGAGAUGAUCUUCGUCAACGGUUUCGUGCACUGUGACCCCCACCCAGGCAAUGUGCUAGUGCGGAAGCGUCCAGACACUGGCAAGGCUGAGAUUGUCCUCUUGGACCAUGGGCUUUACCAGGUGCUCACGGAGGAGUUCCGCCUGGAUUACUGCCAUCUGUGGCAGUCCCUGAUCUGGACCAACAUGGAGAGGGUGAAGCAGUACAGUCAGCGUCUGGGGGCCGCGGAGCUUUACCCACUGUUUGCCUGUAUGCUGACAGCCCGGUCCUGGGACUCCGUCAAAAGGGGCAUCAGCCAGGCUCCAGCCACCGCCACUGAGGACUCAGAGAUCCGCGGUAACGCGGCCAGCUACCUGCCUGAGAUCAGCCAGCUCCUUAACCACGUCCCUCGCCAGAUGCUGCUCAUCCUGAAGACCAAUGAUCUACUCCGUAGCAUUGAGACCUCCCUGGGCACCCGAUCCAGUGCUAGUUCCUUCCUCAACAUGUCUCGGUGUUGCAUCAGGGCACUGGCUGAGCACAGGAAGAGAGAUGCCUGUUCGUGCUUCAGAAGGAUCCAGAUAUCUUUCAGCGAGGCCUUUAGCCUCUGGCAGAUCAACCUUCAUGAACUUCUGCUGCGAGUGAAGGGCUCGAGGCUAGCCUGCUGGAUCUCCGCUGUCCUCGGCUGGCUGACUCGGGCUCCACACUGAGUGUGACUGUGGUCCCCUGCUCCUUCCUGGUGUCUUUCCACACCUCAUUUGUUCUUUCAUGCUCUGAGUACCCACUCACCCAUGUCAGCCGAGGGUUGGCCUGUGGUCCCAGGGUGGUUGUCGACGGCACCAUCACACUCUGCCAUUGGAGCCCCCCCCUCCCGCCCCCCCCACUGUAGCCUUGACUUGGGGCCCUGGACUGUACCGGGGAGUGAGUUAUCUUUCUCUAGGGAGGGGAUAAAGCAACCUUCUUCCCAUCUCCUGUAGGUGCCGUUGGCUUGGUCUUCCCUACUUUUAUGGGAUUGUCAGAAAGGACUGGCCACAUGUGCCAGAGGGCACGUUUAACUUGGAGGAAAUAAGUAGGUCCUCAGAACUGGCUAUGGAACAGACUGUGUUUUUGCCAUAUCACUCCCAAAGGCAUCUCACCUCAGCGAAGGCUGCACGUGAGGGUCAAGUGUACAGCUGUGGGCUCCUGCUGUCAUGGUGACACCUCCAGUGUUGUGUGUUUUGUGUUUCAAUAAACCCUUUCAAGGUUGCAGGGACUGUCCCUCCUGACUCAAUGGCUCCAUUUGGACUUAAGUUGCUCCUGGUAGCUGCUUCCAUGGGAAACCCAUAGGUUCCUCGGGAGGCCUAGGAGGAUGAAGUCAGGUUUGGUUUUAGAGUUUAUUUUCUGGGUUGGGAGCAAAUCUACAUGGUUGACAGUGGACCUGAACACCAUGUGCCCCGGGACCUUGCCCCUGGGAGCCAGGCAGGCUGUAAGACUUCCCCUGCCACAGGGCCACAUCCUGCUCCUUGGAGGCUUCUCCUGGCUUCUACAUCCCAGAUCUUCAUUGGCGGUAUUAAAAAGCCCAAAGCUUGGACCUAGGGGCAGAGAUAGACUCCCACUUGUUUCUAAUGACUGGGGCACUUACCUUGUUCAACUGGUUAGGUCCCAACUUACCCUCUGGUUCUCAGUCAAUGGCCUGAAUUUCAGGUCUAGGAUCGUACCUGUUCCUCCCAGGUCUUUGGAGACAUCAGUCUUCCUGAUGAAACCACAGUCUUUGUGGCUAUGUCCAUUCUGACACAUCCAUGUCACCUGUUGAAAUUCUGUUUCUGAUCUAUUGCCUUGUCAGCAUUCACCUCUCCUGAGUCCAUCAUCUGCUCCUGUGUCUGCAUGGUCUCUGGGUCUCCGAGACCCCACAUAUGGCAGGCCCUUGUCCAUGAUCACCCACGCUUGCAGAUGGAUAACUGUCUGAUCAGAAAACCCCAAAUCUGAGCCUCAUUUCUAUUCUCUUUGUUAAUGAUAUGACAAGCAGAUUUUUCUAGUGAUCAGAGACUAUUUGCAUUCUUUUAUUUUCUGAAAGAAUUGAUUGUUCUUGGUGACCAGUUGGAUGUAUCCAGGGACCCAGGAGAAUAAUUAGCAAGCUCUGUUAUUAAUCAUGAGGAUAUGUGCUGCAUUUUAUAUUUUAUGGUGUCUUUUACAGCCACUGAAGUAAAUAUAAAUGUCCUUUCUGUUCAA